CUUGAUUUUAAAGCUCCAGCUGGACCAACACUCCCAAAAUGAAGGCUUUCACUCUUGCGGUUGCCGCGGCCAUCAUGGUGACUGUCAUCGCGAUCCAGGAGGGAUCCGCUGACAUGAUCAUUGAAGGUGCUGAACUGAUGAAUGGACGGGCCAAUGGCAGCCCAAUCGCUGAAGGUGAAGACAUGCCAGCGGACUCCUGGAAGAUGCCAUAUGAGAGAGCUAUGCUGCGCCGGCGUCGCUGUCGUUUCUGCUGCGGUUGCUGCCCUGGAAUGAGAGGCUGUGGCAUCUGCUGCAGAUUCUAGAAAAGGCCUAAAAACAGCAUGAAGAUAAAUGAACUACAGGGGAAAAAUGCAGUUCAAUAAAUAAUUGCUUUUUAUGGAUCUAA